AUGGAAGAAGUCGUAAAAAUUUUACAAAAUAUACAAGAUGACAUGUCAAAGAAUAAGCAAGAAAUGAAAGAGAUGGAACUAAAUAUUAAAGAAUUUAUAAAUAACAAAAUAGAUGAAAAAUUUCUCAUUUUCGAAACCAAAAAUAAAGAGUUGGAAACAAAAAUUGAACAACAACAAAAAACUAUAGAUAUCUUAGAUAAACAACUCAGAAGAAAAAACGUUAUAUUUUUUGGAAUUGAAGAGAAAGAGAAAGGGUACGAAAGUUUACUCUCCAUAGUGUUAGAUAUUAUCAACAACCAGAUGAAAAUACCUUGCCAGAAAUGGGAAAUCGAACACGCUAAUAGGAUAGGAAAAAACACAGGUAAAAUCAGGCCAGUAGUUGUCACAAUAACAACAACAAGCAGGAAAAUAGAGAUACUUAAGAAGAAAAAAUCGCUGAAGGAUGCAAAUAUUUACCUAAAAGAAGAUUUUCCGCCUAACGUGUUGUAA